GCAUGUGAACUGAAUGAGUGGGUAUUCCCUGGAUGACGCGUGGGCUGGACACUCGUGUACAUUGAGCUCGGCGUUAUCAUUAAAGCUGUUAAAUCACGACAGAAGCAUGAUUCACUCACAGCAUUAAAAAAAAAAAUAGAAGAAGAAAAAGAAGAAAAAAAAAACAAGCCACCAUUUGUCGGCCAAUCGUGUCCGCCCGGUGACGAACUUCCUGGUCACAUUUCCUCGUAGGUCCCCACCAAUCCCCCCCUCAUUAGUAAUGUGUGUGUUUGCUCCUGCAACAGGGGAGGACGCGGAGAAAACGAAAGACUGAAAAAGAGAGGGAGAAAGAGCAAACAAGUCUGCGUGGAGGGAGACAUCACAUCCAGCUAACGUGCUGGGAGCCGGAUAAAGAAGAGAGGCUGCUGUUUACUCGGUGUUAGCUGAAGGACGGACGAGGAAGGCAAACACAGGCGAGACUGGGGACGAAGUGCAAGGGGCUUGGAUGGCAUUUGCCGGGGCCAGGGAGGGGCUGCUGUGGACCUAGAGGAGAUAUGAGCCGGGGGUACGUCCGGAUACCAUGUCUUGACUACAAAAGACGUAUUACCCGCGGAUAAAACUGCAGCAGCACGUCAGAAAUAAAGGCCUCCUCUGAUGGAGAGCUGGGCUCUUUAAUCCAGCAACUGACGGGCAGCGACGAGCUACGGCAAAGGGACGCUUCAUUCGCAAAUUGAAGGGAUUUAUGGGAUCACAAGUUUCUUCUGAUGAGAUGAGUGUGCGUGCUGGCCAGGGCAGUGAUGAGGUACUGGUUUCACAGGCGGUGUGGGAUUACCUGGCUGCAGCUGGGCGGCCCUGGCUCAUUGACUUCCAGCAGAAGCAGGGGAUGAGCGCUGGUAUCAUUAGGCGAGGAGAGAGGGGGGGCUGCUGCGCCGUGAGGCUGCAGCCGGUGGAGGGCUCCAGGAGCUCUGGAGCUGGCGUGAUGGAUGGACCCAUCUCCAGUGAGACACGAAAAGCCUUCAUUGACUUAUGCCGCUGUGCCCGCAAAGAAAUGAGCAAACAGGAGGGGGGACCCAAGAGGAAGAGGGCUCUGCUUCCCUGUGUGGGAGUCCUGGAGCCAAACGGAGAGGGGAGCCUGCUUCAGCCUCCACCUCCCCAGCCUCGGCGCUCACAGAGACAGCAGCAGAGGUUCAGGAAGCCUGCUGAUGAGGAGGCCUGCGCCAUGCUCCACGAGGUGGCCCAGAGGAAGGACAUGGACCCCAGCUUGGCUUCUCAUAGUGAGGCAGAGGACAACAAAACUUGUUCAAUCUGCAUGGGGGACAUAGUGGAGAAGACAACCCUGGAGAGGUGUGGCCAUUCGUUCUGCCGCUCUUGCCUGGAUCAAGCCUUUAAGGUGAAGAAAGCGUGUCCUGUGUGUCGGCUGGUGUACGGCCAGUUGAUUGGGAACCAGCCUGCUAAUGGCACAAUGAUCGUAGAGCGAGAUCCUGAUCUGGAGCUCCCUGGCCAUGAAGGCUAUGGGUGUGUCUGCAUCAUCUACAGCUUCCCUCCUGGCCUACAAGCGCCAGAACACCCCAACCCAGGAGUUCGGUACCCAGGAACAGACCGCGUGGCCUACCUCCCUGACAGCCCUGAGGGGAACCGUGUGCUGGGUCUGCUGCGCCGGGCCUUUGAACAGCGCCUUAUCUUCACCAUCGGUACCUCCAUGACUACGGGCAUGCAAAAUGUCAUCACCUGGAAUGACAUUCACCACAAGACCUCAAUAUGGGGCGGGCCCCGCUGUUUUGGCUACCCAGACCCCACUUACCUGGUGCGAGUGACAGAGGAGCUCAGAGAGAAAGGCAUCACAGCUGACUGACAGCAUGAAAAUCUCUUCCAAGACUUUGUAGGACUUUCUGAGCGUCCUUGCAGCAGACCUGACUCGGCUCCAGGUUGUGCUCUGAGACUGCCCUUCCCUUAAAGGACGGCUGAAGACGAGGCCCUUAGCAGACAGGCGUCUGAUGCUGCAGCAGAGCCCAUUCACUCCACUAGUUGUUUCACUGUUUGUUAAUUUUUUCCUCCAGAGUUCGGCUUAAUCCAGUGCUACAUGUGGAAGAAAACACUGAGUGCAGUGCAUUCUUGUAUUACACAGUCCUCUACCUGUCACUCUUGGCAAUAGGACAGAUAUCUAAUGCACUUAUUUAAGGCGUGUUGGAAUUCAUGGUACUUAUAUAUUAUUUAGGAAAUUUAAGUUUAAUGUUAUAGAGACAGUUUAUGUUAUAUUAAUGUUUAUUUUUAAUCUGGGGGUUGUUUUAUUUUGUACAAGCACACAUUCUUUGUUUUUAUCUUCCCCAGAAUUGUUCGUUGAGUAAGGUACUAAUUACAUGUUGAAAGGAUCGUACUUUGUUUUUAUGGCAGAAAAGCACUGCUUUACUUGACAUAAUUCAUUUUAUGAAGUUAUUGCAAUCUAAAGCACUCACAGGCACUUUGGUAAGGAAGUUUGUUUUUCAGUGAAGUUGCCGUCAUGGUCCGUUACUUUCUUUGUGAGAGAGUGCUCGGGGCAAACAGGUUCGUGCAGCCGUCAGUUAUUAGCUCGGUGGCUACAAGUUGAUGUCAAUUGCUUGGAACUCUUCAUUUGCGUGUAAUUAUUGUUAUGUUCCCCCCACAUUUGUAUUGAAAAGGAAAGAAUGUCAAGCUAUGUCAGCACUUUUCAUUGCACGCAUUCGGACUUUCCCCUUGGUUUUUUCUUUUUCUUCCAUCGGUCACUUCUGUUAUUUCAAGGUACUUCCCAGGUGUCGAGCCCAUUACCUCAGCUGUUAGUAAUGUGCUCACCUAAUUACCAGAUUUAUGACGAUGUCAAAUAAAAAGGGCAUACAGACCACUUAAACCAAAUGAAAGGCACAAAAGCUCUUUAAAUAUCUAUGCCUCCGUCCCUGUCAGACCGGCAGAUUUGCCUGCUCACACUCUCAUUUUAAAUGAGGUAGCUGUCGUAAAUCUGUUUAUCUAAAUAGAUGAAAAGAAAAAUGUUGCAGGAACAAUUGAUUUGAUUUAGGGUAGGGUGUUGAUUUCAUUUUGGUGUGCCUUUCUUAUGUUUACUUUUGAUAAAAAAAAUUAAAUAAAUAAUCAAGCAUGAUGUUCCUCACGAAUGAGCAGUUUGGGCGUAUUUGAUGUUAUUUGAUAGAAGAACAUCAUUAUAUUUGUAGCUAUAAUAUCUGGCUUUAAAUACAAACUACACAGUUCAUGGAAAUAUGUAUACUAAUGUAUAUUAAAUUAGCUUCUCCUUCAUAAACAUUCUUGUAGUCCAAAUGCUGAAAACCCCUCAGAGCUGAUGAAGCUGUAUGUGUGCUUCGCUGAGUGCAGUAAUCUGCUUGGCUAGUAAAUUUUUCAUUAAUUUUACCGGUCAGAUCCAUCCAUCAAAUACCCCUCUAUUAUGUUUCCAUCCCUUUUGUAUUUUAGUUAAAGGGACCAACUGAAUAUCUGGGACACAGGAUUGUAGUUUACUAAAGCUACUGUGCAAACAUUUCUAUGCAUUACAUGUUGGAGGAGGAGCCAAGAGAACGGAUCGUCGGAGAGAUUACACACAUUACAAACUGAUUGUUAAGGAAAAGUUGGAGUUUUUGCUUUUCUAAUUGUGUUGAUUCGUACUUUGUUGAUAUUCAGAAUAAUGUGCUUUACAUUUUAAUACUUGAAUAAAAAGUUAUGUUUGG